AUGAUGGCGCGACAGAGGAAUAGUCGUCGGAGGACGUCUUAUUCAACCCUCGUUUUCGCGGUGUUGAUUAUGUUCACUUUGGCGAUUUUGUUCCUUCUCGCGCUUGGAAUUCUCUCGCUGCCCAGCAACAAUGGUGGGUCCUCCAAGGCCAAUGAUCUCACUUCCAUUGUCCGUAAAAACCUUCAGAGUGGCAAAGAUGUUUCGGAGGAGAACGAGCGUUGGGUUGAAAUUAUCUCUUGGGAACCCAGAGCUUCUAUUUACCACAAUUUCUUGACCAAGGAGGAAUGCAAGUAUUUAAUAGAGCUAGCUAAACCUCAUAUGGAGAAGUCAACUGUUGUCGAUCAGAAGACUGGAAAGAGCACUGAUAGCAGGGUGCGAACGAGUUCCGGGACAUUCCUUCCAAGAGGACGCGACAAAAUCAUCCGUCAAAUCGAGAAAAGGAUAUCAGAUUUUACCUUCAUACCAGUUGAGCAUGGGGAAGGUCUUCAAGUUCUCCACUAUGAAAUUGGACAAAAGUACGAGCCUCAUUAUGAUUACUUCAUGGAUGAGUAUAACACUAGGAAUGGGGGACAGCGGAUUGCCACAGUUCUCAUGUACCUUUCAGAUGUAGAGGAGGGGGGUGAAACAGUGUUUCCCUCAGCUAAGGGAAACUAUAGCGCAGUGCCAUGGUGGAAUGAGCUGUCAGAAUGCGGGAAAGGAGGCCUGUCCGUGAAACCAAAGAUGGGAGAUGCAUUGCUUUUCUGGAGCAUGACACCUGAUGCCACUCUAGACCCAUCUAGUCUUCACGGUGGGUGUGCUGUAAUCAAAGGGAACAAGUGGUCAUCGACUAAGUGGUUGCGUGUACACGAGUACAAGGUUUGA